UGUCAUUGACACAUAUUAAAAAGCCACUGUUGAGACUUCAGCGUUAUUCAGAGGACGUGUUGAUCAGAAGAUGUUUGAUUGCUGUCUAAAGAUGAGGUUUACUUUACUAAGCAUCCUGCCUACUUUACUAGGCAUUCUAAUCCUACACUGGGCAAAAAGCCAAAGCCCCAAGUUCACUCAGAGCAGCUGGAAUCUUCUACCCAAUGUUGUUGUGGUGAAUGUAGACGGCUCACUGGUUCAGCAUCCUCUAACCUGCCUGGGUUCCUUCAACCGAGAGGAGGAGGGUUGGAGGAGAGACAAUGACUGGGUGUGGCGGAGAGAUGGAGAGGAGGAUGAGGAGAUCCUAUGGAUGAUGGGUGGAGAGGAGAAGAAGAAGGGGAACAGCUUCCUUGUCAACCUGGAAGAGAGAACUGGAGGGGGGAUCUUUACAUGUCACAGCCUGGAUAAAACCCUCCUGAAGAAUACUACGGUGCUGGUCAAACACUUGGACGAAGAGAAACGCAUUCUAGAAGGAUCCACCAGAACAGGCUUUAUGAAAUGUUCAACACGGAACUACCAAGGAGAGUUCCAUUGCUCCUGGGAAUUCACCCCUACACGUUUUGGGACUGUUAUGUUUGUCAAAGUGGCACGUGGCCUGUCCGAUGCGGAGAACAUCAGCUGUUCUGUGGACGCCAGUGGACAGCAGUGGACAUGUUCCUCUUUGUCUGGCCAGAGUGACAUCAUGUGUUCUGUGAACAGUAGUGGACUGGGGGUGUCCUGUGUGGACAGACAGUAUUGUCCCUAUGCUGAGGAGACUGACCGGAUCACCCUGACCAUCUACAUGAGGACUAACUACCUGCUGGAGGAAUACUCCAAACGCUUCUACAUAUCAGAGAUAGUGAAGCCAGACAAUGUAUACAUUAAGGAGGUGAACAGCAGUACUAUAGAGUGGAGCUAUCCUGUCUCCUGGAACAGACCUAUCUCCUACUUCCCCCUCUCCUUCCAGGUCAAAGAGAUCAAAGGCAGAAAGUGCAAGAAUGGGUGCACGUGUGAUUCUCCCUACACAGAGGUUCACACCACAGAGAGCAGCCAGUGGUCAGUCAAGGCCAAGGUGACGGUGUGUGUCAGGGCCCAGGAUGCCCUCUGUGACUCCCCCUGGAGCGACUGGACAGAGUACAGACACAACAAGGGAAACAAGAGGGGGAGGCAGGAAAAGCAGAAGAAGAAGAAGAAGAAGAAGAAGAAUGUGUCUCAAUAGUAGAUCUUUACCAUACUGAUGGCCAUCAAAUAUUAACCUAUUAAUUCACUCUAGUUUGUAGGCAUUUACACUCUAAAACAUCCACUAUGACAAAGGUGACUUAUUUGACACUCUAAAACAUCCAUUAUGACAAAGGUGACUUCAUUUACACUCUAAAACAUCCAUUAUGACAAAGGUGACUUCAUUUACACUCUAAAACAUCCAUUAUGACAAAGGUGACUUCAUUUACACUCUAAAACAUCCAUUAUGACAAAGGUGACUUUGUUGCCAAGAUCAUUUACUGACACAAACUUCACUUUUACAAUUUUUAUACUUGUUAUGAAAUGUAUUUAGUAAUAUGUAUGAUUAUUUAUUUAUUAAUGUUGCUUUUUAUCUCAUAGAGUAUGACAUGACAUGCACUAACAUAAACUGAAAUGAUAUUUUUGUGACUUUAAUACUAUAAAUCAAAAUAAACGUACA